CGCCGCGAGGGUGCCGGGUGCUGCGGCUCCUGAAAAGGGAUCGGUGCUCGGGUGGGGAGCGCUCCCCAGGUUCGGUGUUGGUUGGGCCGGUACCAGAGCGUGCCGCUGCGGGAGGAGCUCAGGAGCCCGGUCGAGGCUGCCCCGGAAAUGCUUUCUGCCGGCACAAACAUGGCUGCGGCCCUGCGAGCUGCAGGAGCCUUGCUCCGCGAUGGGAUGGUGCAGGGCAGCUCGAGGGCCCGUCAGCCAUGGAGGUGUCAGUUGGGUACAGCGGCAGCGGCAGGCACCACAGAGAAGGCCCAACAGUCUAAGAGUACAAAACCUCAAGCUCAACUGGAAAAGAGGAAGCCAAAAACCGGAAUAUUAAUGCUAAACAUGGGAGGCCCCGAAACUCUUGGAGACGUUCAUGACUUCCUUCUGAGGCUCUUCUUGGACCGAGACCUCAUGACACUUCCUAUUCAAAAUAAGCUGGCACCAUUCAUCGCCAAACGCCGAACCCCCAAAAUUCAAGAGCAGUAUCGCAGGAUUGGAGGUGGAUCCCCCAUCAAGAUGUGGACUUCCAAGCAAGGAGAAGGCAUGGUGAAACUGCUGGAUGAGUUGUCCCCUAACACAGCUCCUCACAAAUACUAUAUUGGAUUCCGGUACGUCCAUCCUUUAACAGAAGAAGCAAUUGACGAGAUGGAGAGAGAUGGACUAGAAAGGGCCAUUGCUUUCACACAGUAUCCACAGUACAGCUGCUCUACCACUGGGAGCAGCUUAAAUGCCAUAUACAGGUACUAUAAUGAGAUGGGAAAGAAGCCCACGAUGAAGUGGAGCACUAUCGACAGGUGGCCCACACAUCCCCUCCUCAUCCAGUGCUUUGCAGACCACAUUCUGAAAGAACUGGACCAUUUCCCACCUGAGAAGAGGAAUGAGGUGGUCAUUCUGUUUUCUGCUCACUCACUGCCAAUGUCUGUGGUCAACAGAGGGGACCCCUAUCCUCAGGAGGUAGGCGCCACUGUCCACAAAGUCAUGGAGAGGCUGGGUUACUCCAACCCCUACCGCCUGGUUUGGCAGUCCAAGGUUGGUCCAGUGCCCUGGUUGGGUCCUCAAACAGAUGAGUCUAUCAAAGGACUUUGUGAGAGGGGGAGGAAGAAUAUCCUUUUGGUCCCAAUAGCAUUUACCAGUGAUCACAUUGAAACACUGUACGAACUGGAUAUCGAGUACUCUCAAGUUUUAGCUAAGGAGUGUGGAGCUGAAAACAUCAGAAGAGCGGAGUCUCUUAAUGGAAAUCCAUUGUUCUCUAAGGCCCUGGCUGAUUUGGUGCUCUCUCACAUCCAGUCCAACAAGCUGUGCUCCAAGCAGCUGACUCUGAGUUGUCCACUCUGUGUAAAUCCUGUCUGCAGGGAGACUAAGUCCUUCUUCACCAACCAGCAGCUGUGACCCUGCUAGAGGAGCCCGUGGGAUUAGGCAGAUGGCCAACAUCCAGACACCACUGUGUGGAGGGGAUGCUGUUCAGAGAUUGGAAAGAAGCCAUUUUAGUGGAUACACAGCCUUUGGGCACAGACUGUGUGAUUUGCUGAGAAAUGGACUCUGAAAUCCUUACUGAAGGACUUAUAUUUUCAUAAACCUAUAUCAGUAGCAUUUGUAAUCCCUCUUUCUGGGUAAAUUUACUAGUUUGUAACAUCCCCUAUGACAUUAAAAAAUGAGUUAAAAAAUUUAUCUGAUGCGAUAUAUACCAAUUUAAAUACGUGAGAUCGGUUUAUAGCCUUGUGCAUACAGGUUUUUAAAUGAAUAUAGUUGAGUUUAUGCAGUAUCAUUUGAAAAAGCAAUAUUAGCUAAACUUUCCCUAAACCCAUAGGUUAUGGAACAUCUCUGAGAUGGUCUGGUUUCCUUCCAUGGUUGCCAUUGCUAGUGAGGCCACCAUUUUUUGGUCCUGUAGGUGUCUGCAUGAGAAUCUCUUUCUCCACUCUGAAACUGAAUCAAAUGCAAAUUUCAGAAGUGUUCUGAGAUUCCCUGAGCACAUAAGGCUAAUAAAUGUGUAGAAAUCAGUGUUUGGCAUAUCUGCCUUGGUUUGAAUCCAUGGUGCCUUAGGGAAGGGGACUCCCGCUGCUUCCUGUCUCUGAGGACAUCACUGCCAGGAAACACUGCUGAUGGGCUCCCUCUUGAAAUCUGCCUGGAGCCUUUCCAGCUGGUAUCGUCUUGAUCUUUAGUUGAAUGUCUCCUUUCUGCACAUUUAAGAAUUAUUUUAUCAAGUUGACUACAUUUUGUAACCUUGGAUUCUUUCUUCAUUAAUAAUUUUAUUAUAGAAAUAUAUAGCCAUAGAACAACUGAAAAAUACAGAAAGGAGAAAUAACCCCUUGAAUGCAACAGGUAUUAUCAUCUUAUUGUAUUUUAUGCUGGUCUUUUCCUGUGGAUAUUUUCAAUGCCAUUGUCACCUUGAAUUUGUGAGUGAAAAGUUGUUCUAAAAAUGUAGAAAUAAUAUCGGAUCAGAAUCUGAUCUUCUAUAGUUGGAUUUAAAUGGCUUAAAAACUCUGAUGGAUCUAUGAAGCAUUUGUACUGAUCACUUUUUCUUCCUCCAAGCCCCCAAACUUUGUUCUUCAAAAGAGCAUUUCUUUGAUUAUUUUUUUAAAGCCAGUUCAUAAAAUGGAAGUGAUUAGGGGAUUCAUAGAUCUUCUAUAUUCAGGAUUUGCUGUUAAUAAAUAUUAUGACAUCAUUAAAGUUUUAACCAGUUUGA